UGCAUCAAAAUUUGCAGGGGGGACUUAAAAAAUCCAUUUGCAGGGGGAAUCGCAGUCCAAUCUGAGAAACAGAGAGAACACAAACAAACAGCCUCAAUACCCGAUUUUUAGCCUUCAUUCAUCGAAGAGAAACCAAAAAAUAAAUUAAAAAAUGGGAAGAGAGAGAGACGCCGUCGUUCCGGUCCCAAAGCAAGCGCCGCCGCAGCAGCAGGUGUCUCAGAUGGUGGAGCAGCUUCUCGCCGUCAAUCCCUACAAUCCCGAAAUCCUCUCCGAACUCGAGAACUACGUCAAUGAACAGGUUUCGUCGCAGACGUACAGUUUGGAUGCAAAUCUCUGCCUUCUUCGCCUCUAUCAGUUUGAGCCAGAGAGAAUGAGCACCCAGAUUGUUGCCCGCAUAUUGGUCAAGGCUCUCAUGGCAAUGCCGGCUCCGGACUUUAGCCUUUGUCUUUUCUUAAUUCCAGAAAGAGUGCAAAUGGAUGAGCAAUUCAAGACACUGAUUGUUCUAUCACACUAUUUGGAGACCGGGAGGUUCCGUCAGUUUUGGGAUGAAGCAGCCAAGAGCUGUCACAUAGUUGAAGCUGUACUAGGUUUUGAGCAAGCAAUCCAAGCCUAUGCAAUUCAUGUCCUUUCCUUGCUGUACCAGAAGGUUCCAAGAUCUGUGCUUGCUGAGGCUAUCAACAUUGAAGGUCUAUCCCUGGACAAAUUUCUUGAGCACCAGGUAGCCAAUAGCGGUUGGCUUCUCGAGAAAAGUCAUGGGAAGGGGCAGCUCAUUGUCCUACCACGCUCGGAAUUCAACCAUCCCACACUGAAGAAAAAUGCAGCUGAUGCGAUUCCUGUGGAGCAUGUCACCCGCAUCUUCCCCAUUCUUGGCUGAUCGUUUUGCUGGGAUUCAGCUGCAUUUUCGAUUCUCAAGAUCAGUUAUGGUGCUAUCUUUACAGUAAUUUUUCUCAAUGCUUCAUUUUUCUGUUGUAGCUUUUUUCUCUCUUGUUUCAGUAAAACAAUUCGACACAUUAAAUCUCAUAAGAAAUUUCUUGGUUCUUGAUUAUAUCUACCAAAUACUUUUCAAUGC